GCUGUCACAACGGAGUAGGCAGGGCACUCUUAUUGCUCGUAUGAUGGACACGGUCUACCUAGUCUCCGAAACUUGUUCGGUAUUGAUCCCAUCGAACACUGAAGCGCCCGAUCACCCGCCAUCUUAUUCCCCGUCGUCCAUGAGUUAAACGAUACCCUCCUGAAUUCUCCCAAAGCUGGUCAAUAGUUGAACAAGUAUUAGCACCAAUAAGCCUUCUAAGGGACGAGACAUUGGUUCAGUUGAACUCUUCUUAAACCUCCUCAACUACCGACGCUAGCGGAAUCCUGUCAUCGACCAAAAUCAGAUCUCAUUCAUCGUAUACACUUACUCCGUACACUCAUCAGCCAUUCCUCAAAAUACUGGCCAUUCCUGGUAUGGCCUAGUUUCCGCGAUCUGACGCUCUACAAGGUUGAGCUUGCGAGAUUUCGACCACCUGGUGACGACUUUGCACAUUACACUCGUCUAAAAUGGCGGCGCUAACACCAGAGGAAAUCGAGUAUUACAAGGAGCACGCCAGCGACAACCAGCAAGGACGUCUCAUCGCAACCUACACAGUAGGCUUAUCUCUAGCCUACAUUUUCGUCGGUUUGCGUAUAUGGGCGCGCAAAGCUGAACGGACGUCGUUUGCAACUGAUGACUGGCUCAUCAUUGCAGCACUAUUACCUCUAACGGCCUUUGCCAUCGUAGGCUACCUCGCCGUCGCGUUUGGCGAAGGGAAGCACAUCAUCUUCGUCACCAACCCGGCCGGAUUCGCGCAAACCUUCGUCUCGGCUAUCGUGGCGUAUUCAAUAUGCGUUGUUUUGACUAAGAUAUCCAUCCUGUGCUUUUACUGCCGCCUCUUCUUCCCAAUUAAACAGCUUGUUUAUAUCUCCUGGGGCUUUGGUAUCUUCAUUGUGGCUUAUAACCUGGCACUCAUCUUCGUCACUGCCUUAGAGUGCAUUCCACUGUCUGCUUUGUGGACUGGAGAGCCGGCGAGGUGCUUUGAUACGGUACCGCCGUUUACUACUCUUGGUAUUGUUAAUGUUGUGACGGACGUUGGGAUUCUGGCAUUGCCAAUUCGCCAUAUCUUCUCGCUUCAUUUAUCCCUCACGCGACGCGUUCAAGUUUGCGGCAUCUUCCUACUGGGCGCCGUAGUGUGCGUUUUCGGUAUCAUACGUGUUGUCGCUCUCGCGCAAGCGCCACCGGGUGAUUCAAGUUAUAACCAGGUUGGAUCUGGCAUAUGGUCCUUUGCCGAAGUUUCUAUUGGUAUUGUGGCUGCCUGUCUACCGACCCUCGCAGUUCUAGCUACCAGAUCGCACCUCUCCAAAGUCUCGUCUUCCGUCGUCAACUUAUUGACCAGCACUUUUCGUCGCAAUCCUGGCGGUACCAACAACGAUACGAAGGCUAGUGGACGUAGCUUUCAUGAAACCCGAGACGAAGACAACGAAUAUGCCCAGUUAUCUGAGUGGUCCCUCCCGAGAGGCACAAGCGCCGACUCAAAACACCCCAUACAUCAGGCUAACAGCGAUGCGUCGCCAUUCGAUAUCAGCAGCCAUGUCGAGCGUGGCUAGUGAAGAUAGGACUGGCCCACAUGUAUAGUAUGUAUGAGCGUGCUGGUUCCUCUUUAAAUCAAAUAAAACAUAAUUUAUGCCGAAAUAGUUUCUAUUUGGACGUUGUACACCAGGGUUCUCGAGACCAUGGAGCAAGGAGAUAAUAGCAUGUAUAUAGUACCUAAGACAGAGUUUGAAUGCCUUCAGACCUCUGACCCUCUGGACCUCGUGCCGCAAUGAGAGUCUUGCUGUCUACUUCGUGCUACGUUCCUGACAUCUUAUUCACACAUAUUGAAGUGACUUCACUCUGACGUGGACCACACGUUGAGACUUCGUAUACUCCACGAGCAUCACACUCGGUUAUGC